CAGUUUCAAUCUGACCUUAUUCGCCAUCAGUAUCAUUUUAAAACUAGAAAUAACAUCGAAACGGGGAUUUUUUUGUUUUGAUUAAAAAUAUACUGUACAUUUUUCAAGAUAAUUACCAAAAACAAAUUCGAAAUCGCCAAAAAUUUGCCAAACAGAAAAUCAGUAGUUUAAGAUCGCAAAAAAAAAAAAUAUCAUGAAAGUGAAUCUUGUCGGUUCAAUAUUCGUAUUGAUAGUGUUUAUUUGCUUACACCACAGUGACGUUUUGUGUUUACCUAACCCUAGGGUCACUAACACCAAAGAUAAUGUACAAAACACUGUUGAUUCCCCGCUAAAAGUUUCUUGGAAGAAUAAUUCUAGCGUUGGUGGUGUUGGUGGCGGAAGUUUUGGUUCAGCAGUUAAACAUGAAUCUCAACCUUAUUCUUCACUAUGGAAAGUCGUUGGCUCCGAGGAGAGUAUAAGAGCUAUUCAGGCCAAAAUGAUGCGUAGUUAUAUGAAUUUAUCUGUGGAUCCUUGUGAUGAUUUUUAUGAAUAUGUGUGUGGGAAUUGGGAAAAUGUUCAUCCCAUUCCAAAGGAUAAAUCGGAAUAUUCGGUAUUCACUUUGUUGAAUAACAAUAUUCAAAAUGAACUGCGAGAAGUCCUUUCACAGCCUUUGUCAGCAGUUCAUCAUGCUAAACAGGAACUUGGAGCCGAAGACAAAGCGAAAGUUUAUUUCACAACUUGUAUCGACGAAGAAACCAUCAAUAGAAGAGGAGUUGAUCCUUUGUUGUAUUUCAUCGAUGAACUUGGAGGAUGGCCUGUACUUGAUGAGAAUUGGUCGGAAGAAGGAUUUGAUUGGUUGCAACUUUCUAUAAAAACUUCGUUGUUGGGAUAUCCAGCAAUAUUAUUUUCUGAUGUCGAAAUGGAUUUGAAGAAUUCUACACGCUAUGCUAUUUAUUUGGAAGAAGGACGAUUAGGACUAAGCAAUAGAGAUGAUUAUUUGAGUACGGAUAAUGCUGAGCAUUUGGAUGCUUAUAGAAAUCUAAUUGUGACUGUUUUGAGACUCUUGGAUGUGGAUCCCGAAAAAGCCGAAGAAACCUCUAAAGAAAUUGUUGAUUUUGAAAUCCAAUUGGCAAAUAUAACAACUGAUUUCCACCUACGCAUUAGUCUCGGUGAAAUCUACUCACCAACAACGAUCGGGGAACUCUAUACAAAGUACGAAAAUAUAGACUGGUUAACUUUUUUCUCAAGCGUUCUUGAAACCCCUCUGCAACUCAACCAAACAGUUGUUAUAAUAUCGGUCAAUUACUAUGGCAAUUUAACUCGUGUUUUGAAAGAAGUCGAAACGAAAACCCUUGCCAACUACAUUGUGUGGCGAGCUAUACAUCCGUUCCUCGAUGGUUUAGAUGAGAAUUUUAGAGCUGCCUUACAGACUUUUAAGGAAGCUUUAACUGGUCAAAAGGAACCUUUGGCUCGAUGGAAAGAGUGUAUUAAAGAAGUUAAUACGCAAAUGGGAAUGGCAACUGGGGCUAUGUUCGUUCAAAGAUAUUUCGACGAAGACAGUAAAAAUGAAACUAUUGGCCUUUUGAGCGAUGUAAAGGAGGCCUUUAGAGAUACCCUUUUAGACUUGGAAUGGAUUGAUGAGACGACCAAAGAACUUGCUCGAAAUAAAGUCAAUGAAACAAAACUUGCUGUAGGUUAUCCAGAUUUCAUCUUGAAUCCAACGGAACUCAACAAGCUUUAUAGUGAUUUAAAAGUAGUUCCGGGAAAACGUUUUGAAAAUACCCUAAAUUUGGUCAAAUAUUCUUCACGAGUACGUCGGAAGCGUUUUUGGGAAAGUGUCGAUAAACAAAUAUGGCCUUCGGCGCCAGCAGUAGUGAAUGCGUUCUUCGAGCAGACGAAUAAUCGAAUUGUCAUUCCAGUUGGAAUUUUACAGCCUCCGGUGUUUCAUAAGCAUUUUCCAAGAGCCCUUAAUUAUGGUUCAAUGGGAGUCUUCGUAGGGCACGAACUGACACACGGAUUUGAUGACGUUGGCAGAGAGUUUGAUUCUGCGGGCAACAUGGUUCAAUGGUGGAGUGAGGAUGCUGUCAAAGGAUUUGAAGAAAGAGAAAACUGUUUCAUUGAUCAAUAUGGAAACUUUUCAGUGCAUGGAAAGUAUUUGCAUGGAAGUUUGUCAAAAGGUGAGAAUAUUGCCGAUAAUGGAGGUGUACGUCAAGCAUUCCGAGUCUAUCGAAAAUGGCAGAAUGUAAAUAAGAAAUCAAAAAGGGACUCAACAGAAGCUAUGCCGGGCUUGAAUUUAACUAAUGAUCAACUAUUUUUUGUUGGAUUUGGUCAAUCAUGGUGCAAUGCAAUAAGGCCUGAAGCAUUGGAAAAUCGUUUACAAACAAAUUAUCACUGUCCAGGGAAGUUUAGAGUGAUUGGAGCUUUAGCGAACUUUGAAGACUUUUCGGAAGUUUUUCAAUGUCCUGCGGGAAGUAAGAUGAAUCCACAUAAGAAAUGUCGGUUGUGGUGAAAAAUACAAUUUAAUGUAGUAGAAUGGGUGGUAUAAUAUUGUUUAUUCAUUUAAUAAAUUAAAAUUUAACCAUAAGAAGGAAUAA